AUGCUGCCACUCGCGUCCACCCCACUCCACCACCUCCUCCUACUCCUCCUCGCCGCCGUCGCCUGCACGCGACCGCCCGGCGCCGCGUCCAAGUCUACGGUCGAGCCCUGCACCUCCUCCACGGCCUGCCCCGCUCUGCUCUCCUACACCCUCUACGCCAACCUCAAGCUCGCCGAGCUGGCCGCGCUCUUCGCCGCCGACCCGCUCGCCAUCCUCGCCGCCAACGCCAUGGACUUCGCCGCCCCCGACGCCACGAACCGCAUCCUCCCGGCGGGCCUCGCGCUGCGCGUGCCCGUCCCCUGCGCCUGCUCCAGCGGCAUCCGCAAGGCCACCUCCGUCCGCUACGUCUCCCGCCAGGGGGACACGCUCGCCUCCAUCGCCUCGCAGGUCUACGGCGGGCUCACCGCGCCGGACUGGAUCCGGGAAUCCAGUGACAUCCUCGAGGCCGGCGCCGACGACGCGCUGGACGCCGGAGCCACGCUGUCCGUGCCGCUGCACUGCGCGUGCUUCGGCGGGGCGGACGACGGGGUGCCCGCCGUGUACCUGACGUACGUGGUGGCGAAGGGGGACACCGUGCCCGGCAUCGCGGGGAGGUACCGGACCACGGCCACCGACGUGAUGAGCGUCAACGACUUGGCCACCCCCGACGUCGCCGCCGGGGACAUCAUCGUCCUCCCGCUGCCAGCGUGCUCCUCGUCCUUCCCCACCUUCACGUCCGAUUAUGGGUUGGCCGUGGCGAACGGGACCUAUGCAGUGACUGCCAAUCGCUGUGUCCAGUGCAGCUGUGGUCCGGGCAACAUGGACCUCUUCUGCGUGCCGGCGCCACUCGCGGACUCGACGUGCUCCAGCAUGCAGUGCAGCAACAGCAGCAUGAUGCUCGGCAACUUCACCCUCGUGAUGACCGGCGCUGGCUGCAGCGUCACCUCCUGCGACUAUGGCGGCUACGCCAACGGCACAAUCAUCACCACGUUAACCACGACGCUCAAGCCUCUGUGCCCAGGCCAGCACCAGUUCCCGCCGCUAAUCCCGCCGCCGACGUCGUCCUUCUUCCAGACGUACCUCGGCCCUUCACCGGCGCCAAUGACAUUGCGAGGAGGAAACAAUCCCACGGGCAGCCCGGACGCUGUCUCCGGUGUGCCUAGGAGGGGCCGGCACUUCAGCGGCGCUGCCGUGAUACUGCUCGCGCUCUGCCUUGUCGCUACCAUGCGGUGGCCGACGCAGCUUUCCGGCCGGGACCUCACUCUCGAGGCCAUCCAUCGGUGCGGCGGCCACAAGGAGGCGGUGCGCUUCCAGCGAGUCUUCGACGAGCAUGACGGAUGGCUGGAUCAUCGGGCCGAGAUCUAG